UCAAGGAUCUCUAUCUAUUUACAUACAACUCAAUCCUCUCAAUAUUUUCCCUUCCGUUUUUCUCCUAUCUAAUUUGUAGAGAUCCUUAAUUUUCUUCCUCGUUGCACGACAUCAUGGCAAAUGCUGCGUCUGGAAUGGCUGUGCUAGACGAGUGUAAGCUGAAGUUCUUGGAAUUAAAAGCAAAGAGAAACUACAGGUUCAUAGUAUUCAAGAUUGAGGGCCAACAAGUCGUUGUGGAGAAGCUUGGAAAUCCUGAGGAAAACUAUGAUGAUUUCACUAACUCUCUGCCUGCCGAUGAGUGCCGCUAUGCUGUCUUUGAUUUAGACUUCAUAACUACUGAAAAUUGCCAGAAAAGCAAGAUUUUCUUCAUUGCUUGGUCACCUGACACAUCAAAGGUGAGGAUGAAGAUGGUGUAUGCAAGCUCAAAGGAUAGAUUCAAGAGAGAACUUGAUGGAAUUCAAGUCGAAUUGCAAGCAACGGAUCCCAGUGAAAUGAGCUUUGACAUUAUAAAGUCACGAGCACUUUGAAUCUCAGCUUAAUUACCUACUCCAGCCUCCUUUCAACGCAGUUGAAUUCCACUGUUGUAUUAUUUCCUUUUAAUUUACUAUUAUCUCUGGUUGUGUUCAAAUCAUAUACUUGAUUAAUAAAAACACGAAGUACUAAUAGGCUAUAAGUAGGGCAAAGGCCUUGAGAGAUUAAUGGAAGGUUAUCUUAGCAAGUUAUUACUUAUUUACUUAUCAAAGGAAUCUCCCUCUAUAGAGAUUUGUAUUUGAGAGGGAGCUUUGCUUAGGUAAGUUCCUUCAGUCAACUUCAUUUAAAGUGAGCUUUAGAUAAGUAAAUAUUCCGGUAUGGAUUUCAUCUAGUAUUGUGAUGUAAUACUAUGUACUUUACUGUGUAAUCCGUGUGUUGCGGCAAUAUACUAGCGUGUAUGUCAAUUCGAUGCAUUUUACAGAA